AUGUCCGAAGAACUAAUUGAUGAUUCAACUAUCAACAAGUUAAUCCCCCAAAUAUUUGAUCAAAUGAAAUCUAAUUUCGACGCCACAACAACUACAAUGGGUUCCAGAACAAGGCGAGAUACAACUAAUUUUUCAAUGUCAUCAUCAUUCACAUCUACUCAGUCACUUUUAAAGGAACUAGAAUCACUCGAUAAAAUAAUUGGAAUGAUCGAGAACGUAGAUAAGACCUUGAAAAGUGCCUCCCCUCAACAUUUAAAUAGAAUUUAUGAAGUUUGCAAAUCGACUAAUACUAUACUAGAUUCAUGGAUAGAUAUUCAAUCACAAGCAGGAUACAUUACUAGGUUAAUGAAUGAUCCUGUAUACUUGAAGUAUAGUAGUGACCAAUUAUUCAAUGAUGACAAUGCAGAUGAAUAUUUAGCUUUGGAGGUUGAAGAAACUGAAAAGUUGAAGAAGCAAAUAGAAAUAGAGCAACAGAGGAAGUUGUUAGCAACAACAGAAAGACAAACCCUCUCUAAUUCAAGACCUCAAGUUAAUGUAAGGAGUAGAACACAUGUUUCUAAACCAGUAGUACGUAGACCAGUACCUACGGACUCUAGAGGGAACAGACCUAAACCUUCUGGAAUACCGACAAUACCCACAAGAUUAGCAAGGUCGACAGCAAGUAGCUCUAGAAAAAUGUUUAGAUGA